CGCUCAGGUACAAUCUGAGGCGCACGAAUGCUCGGACACGAUACUGUCUUUAAUUCCAGUCAUGCGUCUCUCAGGUCUCCCGCUGGCAAUCUGAUCGCCGAGAGAGAGAGAGAGAGAGAUGACGGCGUGGCUUUUCCUCUUGGUCUUGCUUGCUUCAACGGCGUCUAGUCUUCCAUUGACACGGAACUCGACCCUCCGGGUCUUCCCCUUACACACGGCGGAGGUAGAACCUUCCCCUGCCGCCCCUUUCUUGAAGGAGAUUUUGAGAGCAAUCUCAAUUGAAGAAAAAUGGGAGUUUGAAAACACAAGCUUCUCUAGCAUCAAGAUAAGCAGUGCUAAGGGUGGUGUUUCUCACCGAUAUGAGUUCUAUCUUCGGGUAGGGAAAAUUAUGUGGGCAGCAAAGUUCACAGAUGAAGUUGCAUCAUGGAAGCGCUUACGAAGGGAGGAAAAAGUGUCAAAUGCAGGAAUAGGUUUUCUUGGACUGGCCAGUGUGAAGCCUGGAUUGAAGUCUCUCAAGUUCAAGGGUCCACUUGAGUUAGCCAUCACAGGAGAAGAUGCAGUGCUGCUAAAGCUUCCAAUGAACACCACUUUGACAGGUUUCAAACGUGUUCUUGUUGGUGAAGGAAUUACUUUAUCUGUAAAAAAUGCUCAACAGGUCAGCAUAGUUGAUCCAUUCAACUUUGGCAUGCCAUUCAACAGAAGCUCUUUUUCUUCCAAUGAUAAAAGCAGCUGGCUUCGAUAUUUUGGACAUUACACUUCAUGCACUCCAUUACUUCACAUUCAGAUUGAAGGGCCAUCCUCUGUCUUUGCUUAUAGAAACUCAAAUUCCAAAGGUUACAUCCAAACAGAGGUUUUGUCUCAAGACAUGGUUCGGCUUGACUCGGAAAAGUGCUACACAGGCCAACGAUCCGGUGGCUUAGGGCAUUCUACACGGAUCCUUGAUUCAAGGUUGGUACUACUGGACAAAUUGCUGAGGAGUUUUCUUGGUGUCCGGCUUCAUCAUGAAGGUGGUUUUAGAGUACUGAAAGCGAAAAUAGCAGCAUCUACAUUGGUUAAAUUUCAAUUAGAACUGGAAAAAGAAGUGGACAGUGGUGACAAAAUUCUGGAGUCAAUGCCAACUUGGAUCACAAGGCCAACGAGAAGGCGCUUUUGGUUUGAUGUUUUGGCAAGGGUGGAGGGAGGUGAGCUGAGGCCAGUCAUAAUCAAGAAGGUGAGGCCAUUUAUUGUAGUGGAAUCGGUUGCAUGGAGUAGCUUGCUGUCCAAUGCAUCAUUUGGCAGGUUUUCACCUGCGAAGGUUUCUCCAGAGCCUUUCACAUUGAACUUGAAGUGGUAAGCUUGUGGUUGCAUCUCAAGGUUUGGCUUCAAAUACUUAACACAUAAUGAUGCAAGAAUGAUUGUUAUUGGAUGUGUUUCUUGUUUUCGUGGGGAACGAGGAGGUGCUAAGGAAGCAACCAGGACAAGAGGAGAGAGCAGACGUCUGUUUGAUGGAAGUUAAGACACUCGUUGUAAAUGAAGGCCACAAAGUGGUGAUGCCAAAUGCAAGCGAUACAAAUAAAGCCUAGCCAUCAAAGUCUACAUGUUUGUAUUUGGGAUAGAGAAAUGGGCUUUGCAUUCUGGUAGCUGAAAAUAAAAGCUGAAAUGGGCACUUUGUGGGUUUAAGAGGAUUAAAAGGAAACAGGGAGGCACUGUAUUUUCGGUUGAAAAUUGAGGAAGCAAGCGAAGGCAUGGAUUGCUAUAGUUAGAUCGAGGAAUGGAUCAAGUAUGAUAUAGCUAUAUGGUUUUUUUGUAUAAUUACACUCUAUAGUCAAUUCAGUGUCUUUUCUCAAAAUUCUAACCGUUCAGGUAUGGUCUGUACAUGGUUCAAACCUAAAAUUGAUCCGCGGGAUUAGUAUAUGCUGAUGUCUAAAUAGAAGAACCUUUUAGGAACCAAGUAUUUAACGACCCAUUCUUUUUUAUUUGAAAAUUUGCCUUUAUCUUUUUGUUUC